ACAUUGCAGCCCCUCUGCUUCUUCAACCACAACCCGUUGCAUCCGACCCUUUUGCACCCCAUUACACUCAACCUCCCAACAGCCCUCAACAUGUCUGUCCAGGAUAGAGCCCAGGCCCAGCUGUCGCAGCUCGACAAGGAGCUGUCCAAGUACCCCGCACUCAACAACUUUGAGAAGCAGACAUCGGUUCCCAAGGUCUACAUGAUCCUUGGUCUCGCCGGUCUCUACUUCUUCCUCAUCUUCUUCAACAUUGCGGGAGAGUUCCUCGUCAACAUUGCCGGUUUCAUCAUUCCUGGUUACUACUCCCUCGAGGCUCUCUUCAGCGCCAGCAAGGUCGAUGACACCCAGUGGUUGACUUACUGGGUUACCUUUGCCUUCUUGACCGUCUUCGAGAGCGCGGUGAACGCCGUCUACUGGUUCCCCUUCUACUACACCUUCAAGUUUGUCCUCAUCCUCUGGAUGUCUCUUCCCCAGACUGCUGGUGCCCAGAUCGUAUUCCGCUCUUUCAUCCAGCCUGUGUUCUCGCGCUACUUCUCCGCGACAGGCUCCACCGCUGCUGAUCUCCGUGCCAAGGCCGACUCAGCUGGCAAGCCGCAUGCCUCGUAGAGCAGUCGCGAGCAUAACACUCUUCUGACAGUCGCACGGCUAGACGAUAAUAAUAAGUACGAAGUUCGGGAUACGCCCUCUGCUGUGCAGGAGAGAUCGAGCUUCUCAAGGUGUGCGGCUGUUGCAGCUUGGAAACGCUGCAUGGACGAAGGUUUAUGAGUUACGGAUAGCGUUCAUGACAGGGUUGACGUACGA